UUUGACGUUUCUGGACAAGACAAGGGAAGUAAACGUCAACGUAUUACUCAGUUUUUAUUUUAUUUUUCCACUUAAAACGUUUAGUUUGUUUUAAUUUGCGUUUUGAUUGAUUUUCAAAAUGGAGAACCCAACCCAGUCUAACACCAAACUGGCCCAGGCUCAAGCCCAGGUAAAUGAGGUGGUUGGUAUUAUGAGAGUUAAUGUGGAAAAAGUAUUGGAACGGGACCAAAAAUUAUCUGAACUUGAUAGCCGAGCUGAUGCCUUGCAGGAGGGUGGAAAACGCUUUGAACAGCAAGCGCAAAAAUUAAAAAGAAAAUACUGGUGGAAAAAUAUUAAGAUGAUGAUCAUUAUGGGUGUUAUCGGAGUGGUAAUACUGAUUAUUAUUAUAGUUUCCAUUUAUAACUCUUUGGAAGGUAAUGACUCUGCUAAAGCUGUUAAGAAAGAUUAAAGGAUGUUUUAUAUGUAAUUAUUAGUGUUACGGUUAAAAUAAAAUAGAAUAAAAUAAAUGAGGUAUUUACACUUAUUCCGCACUAAACUAAAUAUAUAUCAACCUGUUCUUCCAUUAUUAAGUUGCCUUUAGAUACUAAAAUUAAUAUUUUUAUACUAUAUAUG